AUAAAGUUGACAUUAAACAUAAGGAGCAACAUUUUCAAACACUCCACAGACGCGUUAUUAUUAUCUUUUUGUAAAGACGGUCAAAGGCGAGUGUAAAACUACGCAGAUUGUCUAUGCAGGAUAUAAGUAAUUGUAAAACGUUCUGUAAAAGUUUAAAAUAAGUGUAUUAAUGUGUGUAUAAGUAAUUUAAAUAAAAUUAAUAUAAGUGAGUUAAAAAAAGAAAGUUAUUGUCAUUUUAAAAUAUAAAUUGGUCGCCUUAUUCCACACCUGAAGAGUCAACUACGGUUGUCAAGAGGUAGACCGACACAAUCAUCGGAGAGUGCAUAUGGAAAACAGAGAUAUGAUUAUGUUUCGAGAUAUUAAGGCGUUGGUGGAUAGAACUGGAUGCAUAGAAAAGAGAAUGGAAAUUAUUGAAGAAACGUGUGGCAGUGAAAAAUAUGUGAACAACUUAACUGUACAAAAUAACAGCAACAAAAAAGUAAAUGAAUUGACGUUUAAUAAUACUAUUUUGUCCAACGAGUUGGAUAUACUACGAGAUAAACUUACACUCGUGGAAAGAAGAAUGCGAAUCAUUGAAGAAUCUAACACAGAAACAAUAACAUAUCAAGAUGAAAAAUACAAACGCCUAGUUGAAAAAUUGAAUGCUUUCAUAGAUAUUUUUUCAAAGACGCCGACAAUAAGCGAUAAUUCUAUUCAACUUUCAUCUGAUAUACAACCAAUUUAUGUAAAAGAAUUUAAUUACAAGAUCGAUAAGCUUCAAAAAUCUAUAGACACAAUAAUGAAUGAAAAUAAGUUAUUGGUUCAGUCUAACAAUAAUAUAGUCAAAAAAAUGAACAUAUUAGAUUCAAAAUUAGUUGAAACUCAAAGCAUUGGACGUAAAACAUUUGUGCAUAAAAAUAAUUUCAAGACGUUAAAAUAUAACUUCAAUAAAUUCAAGAAUCUGUACAACGAUUUAGAUGUUAUAGAUCGCUUACAGGCAAUAGAAAAAAACAUACAUAACGAGAAACCCGAAAAAUUAAUUCGAAAAUACAACAAAUUGAAAAUGCGACUCUGUUUAAUUGAAAAUGAAAUUAACACAAAUUCCCAUCAAUAUCUUCAGAAUAUGAUUCUGAUGUCAACUGCGAACAUGGUAAGAGACAAUACAAAUUCCAUGGCGAAUGUCCUUUAUGAAAGAAACUCCCAAAAAGUCCUUUCACCAAUUCCAGCACUACCCCUAGAACCUCAAGAAAUGAUCCAAGAGAUAAAAGACGUUGAUGAAAUUGUGGACAAUAAUAUUAGCAAAGAGAUUUCAAUAACGAUUAACCAAAAAGAAAACCUUUUGUCUUCAUCGAAUUCAAAUGAAAAUAUUUCAAUCUAUAUACCUUCUCCACCUCCAUUACCACCUCCACCUACUAUAUUUUCAUUUGUCUGAUACUUACAGCCCUUGAAACGCUUUGAACAUGCAUCCCUUUUUUUUCGUUAUCUAACAAUCUAUAUCUAUAAAUAUCUAACUAUCGUAACUACAGAGUAUUGCCAGAAAGCAUUGUUCAUAUGGCGUAUCAUGAAUAAGUACCACGGUGUAUUAUACGCAAUUGUUAACUUCUUACUCAAAUUGUUAAUAAAUCCUCACUAACUGUGCUAUUCAGUGGCUAACUAUGUUACCAUUUUGUGUUCAACGGCGCAUAGCGAGUAAUCGCGUCGUGAGACAAAGUGCUGAAUUAAUGAAUAGGUUUAGAAGUUGAUUCAAUUUUAAUAAAACUAACAUAUACAUAAACUAGUUAUUUUGUUUUUUCUUAUUUCUGACAACGCUUGACAAUGUAGAUCAGGUUUUUACAUAAUUAAAAAAAAAAUGCACCUCGUGCUUUAUCUUAUACUUUUACAAUACAGACAUAUCAUUGUAAUUUAAUAUUGGCUAGGAUGGUUAGAGAAACUUAGACAAUCG